GUGGAAGUAGAAACAAAAUCCACAGAAAGCGAAGUGAAGUGAAAUGAAAGCAGCACUAUCCACUCUGAUCAGCUCCAGGACUCUGAGCCCUCCCCCCUCUCCUUCUUCUGCUUCUUCUUCUUCUUUCGCUCGCUCCAUUUGGCUUCAACCAAAGACCCUCUCCAACUCACCCUCCUUCAUUACCCCUAUACCCUCCAAGACCCUCACCACCAACAAUUACUCCCGUCUCCGUCUCCGUCUCAAUCAUCGCAAGUCCCUCACCGCUAAUUUCUCGUCGAUAAUGGCCUCCGCUUACAAGCCCGAAGAAGCCAGGGUCCCACCUGCCCUUCCCUUGCCCACUCCUCCCGUCAACAAGUUUAAGAUUGGACUGUGCCAAUUGUCGGUGACGGCCGAUAAGGAGAGGAACAUUGCUCAUGCUCGCAAGGCCAUCGAGCAGGCUGUCGAAAAGGGUGCUCAGCUGGUUCUCCUACCUGAAAUAUGGAAUGGCCCGUAUUCAAAUGAUAGCUUCCCAGUGUUUGCUGAGGAUAUUGACGCUGGUGGUGAUGCAUCUCCUUCGACAGCCAUGCUUUCUGAAGUUGCUCAGCGCCUGAAAAUCACCAUUGUUGGUGGAUCUAUAUCAGAGCGUUCUGGUGAUCAGCUGUACAAUACUUGUUGUGUCUUUGGUACUGAUGGAAAGCUGAAAGCUAAACAUAGGAAGAUACACCUCUUUGAUAUUGAUAUCCCUGGGAAGAUUACCUUUAUUGAAUCAAAGACUCUUACAGCAGGGCAAACUCCUACCAUUGUGGACACAGAAGUUGGGCGUAUUGGCAUAGGCAUUUGUUAUGACAUUAGGUUCCAGGAACUAGCUAUGAUCUAUGGAGCAAGAGGUGCUCACUUGAUAUGCUAUCCUGGGGCUUUUAACAUGACCACUGGGCCAUUGCAUUGGGAAUUGUUGCAGAGAGCAAGGGCUACAGAUAACCAGCUAUAUGUGGCAACUUGUUCACCUGCUCGAGAUGCCGGAGCUGGUUAUGUGGCAUGGGGCCACUCCACCCUUGUCGGACCAUUUGGAGAAGUGCUGGCAACUACAGAACAUGAAGAGGCAAUUAUCAUAGCUGAGGUUGAUUAUUCACUCCUUGAGCUUAGAAGAACAAAUCUCCCUUUACUGAAGCAGCGGCGAGGAGAUCUUUACCAGUUGGUAGAUGUUCAGAGGUUGAAUUCUAAAUGAUUGUCAAAGACUUAUUACACACAAAGCGAGUGCUAGUGAGAAAUGUUUGUGAAUGUACCAAGUAAUGGAAAUAAUGAGACCAUUUGAUUAUGGAAUACUGAAACUAAUGUGACUGUAUUUCGCAUAUUGAAGUUUAUAAUUAUUUGGAUAUUGAAGGUUUGAGCAAA